AUGGCACGUACAAAGCAAACUGCUCGCAAAUCAACCGGUGGAAAAGCUCCACGAAAACAGCUAGCCACUAAAGCAGCACGUAAGAGCGCUCCUGCAACCGGUGGAGUCAAGAAACCUCAUCGUUACAGGCCAGGUACAGUCGCUCUUCGUGAGAUCCGUCGCUACCAGAAAUCAACCGAACUGCUCAUCCGCAAGUUGCCAUUCCAGCGUCUUGUGCGAGAAAUUGCUCAAGAUUUCAAGACCGACUUACGUUUCCAGAGCUCUGCUGUGAUGGCCCUUCAAGAGGCCAGCGAGGCUUACCUUGUUGGUCUGUUUGAAGACACCAACUUGUGCGCCAUCCACGCCAAGCGCGUCACCAUCAUGCCGAAGGACAUUCAGUUGGCCCGCCGAAUCCGCGGAGAACGAGCAUAAGUGGAUUGCAUCUUCACCUAACAAACGGCUCCUUUAGGAGCCACCACAUCAAUAAAAGCAAUGCCAACCAUGAUCUUGCAAAUUCCCCGAUCUCUUUCGUAGAUUUUUCUCUUCUCCAGUCUGUUCUCUCUCUCCCGUCAACCGUAUACGUUUCCUUGCUGCUUCGCCGUUUUCGCGCCAAAAUAACAAACGCGUUACCCGCAUCCACCUCUAGUCGCUACAGCAAAAAAUCUAUAAAUUUCCCUACUCUUAUCAACGCACCAUACACUCGAAAAUUAUUAGUCUUUCAGUACAUUUGCUUCGUCCUUUUUUUUUGUUAAUUACUAGUGCACGAUUCACUUUCAAGUUCGGAUGUUCACGUCGUCAAGAUGGCGAAGGAAUGACAGAUAUACUCCCGCAUACAUCUAGAUCGCUUUUUUCACCUCGUACAGUCCCUUUAGCCUAACAUGUAUAAAACAUAAUGUACCGUAUUACAUGUAAAACACGACAAAACCAUGUAUUUGUAAUUCGAGGGAAUUACAAACGACAAUAUUAGUCCAAUGCGUAGUCCUUAUCUUGUGAGAAGCCUCGAAUUUUAUUGUGUCUUGUUUGUACUCUUACUAUUAUUUUUCUAAAUAGAUUCCGCUUUUACAUAGGAAAAAGUCAACAAUUUAGUCAAACAUAACAUCCACAGUAUCUUAUCUUUCUGGUAAAACAUCUUUAGACGUUGCUAGAGAAAUUUACUAGUCUAGUUGACACGCGAAAACCACGACUUCCCAUCUUAGGCCGACACCGACACACCAUAUCACCCACUACCUAUUUUUGGUCUCUAAGCAUCCUGAUUUUAUUUCCUGAUUUUUUUUAAGCUAGAUCACUUCUAUUUUUAAGAAAAAGAAAGAAUUAUUUGGUAACUACUAGACUUUUAUAGGAAGCAAUGAGAUCUAAAUUAAAAGACUGGUGAUUGUUCGUCAACAAAGGAUCGACCGCCAUUGCGAAGUACUGUCUUUGUUACCCGAAGCAAAUUCAGUUUUAUUCAACCAUUUUUGAUAAUUUGUUCAUUUAUCCUCCUAAAAUAAAUUCGUGGAUAAAUUUACUUUGAUAUCAUUUAAAAAGCGUACGAGUGUUGUGCUUAGUUUUCGAGAAAUUAACUUUGGAACACAAGAUUAUCUACUUUUUAGUUCAGAAUCGCAAUUCUAAAUUGAAAAUUGAACAGUUCUGGUGUCAUUUACAGCGAAACGGAUCAUUGUAAUACAUUGCCAAGUAAAUUUAGUUUCUGAAAAUAUAAAAAUAAAGAAGUUCGAGCGCUUGGAUUCUUCUUAAAGUUUCUCGGAAUUCUUUCAAAAAGCACAAAUUUCAUGCGACGGAUGCAACCAGUUCGCAACGUGUUGCUGUUUCCACAGCGGUCCGCAUCAUUCCAAUAAACAACGCUUCAAGUCAUUCCAACAGCCAUAUCCAUAUCUGAUCAUCGAGUCACUACUAGUAGUUGAGUGUAAUUGAAAUACUUUCUUGCUAAAACAUGUCGGGAGAAUCUCCUAAGAAGACUGCUUCUAAAUCCAAGAAAGCAGCUAAGCCUGCUGAACAUCCAAAGUACAUCGAAAUGGUCAAGGCUGCCAUCACAGCAUUGAAGGAGCGUAGCGGGUCUUCGCGAAUUGCCAUCGAGAAGUACAUCAAGGCGAACUACAAAGUUACUGAUGUUGGUCCUCAUUUGAAGAUGGCCUUGAAGAAAGGUGUAGCCGCUAAUGUUCUCGUCCAGACGAAAGGCACUGGAGCUUCGGGCUCAUUUAAGGUAAACAAAGAAGCCUUGAAGCAAAAGAAGGAGAAGAAGAAGCCCGCCAAAAAGCCCACAACGAAGAAACCGGCCGCCAAAAAACCCGCAGCCAAGAAACCAACAGCGAAGAAAGCAGCCGCCAAAAAGCCAGCAGCGAAGAAGGCAACUACCAAGAAACCAGCAGCAAAGAAGACAACAAAGAAACCUGCAGCGAAAAAGGCCGCCGCUAAACCGAAAACUGCACAGAAGAAGGCGCCAGCUAAGAAACCUGCAGCCAAGAAAGCGGCGAAGAGUCCAAAGAAAGCCGCCAAGAAGUAA